AUGGGUGUAUUGAUCGAGCAAAAUAGUGCAUUACGUCAACAAAACUCUCAUUUAUUUGAAGAAUUAGAUACACUUCGACUUGAAAUAGCACAACAACAAAUAAAUUAUGAUCAACUUAUACAAAAAACUUUAUGUAAUUUGUCAACUACGAAUCAUGAAUUAGCUAAUCAACUCAAUCAUUGUCAACAAGAAUCAAAUAAUUUACAAAAAGAAUAUAAUCAUGUUACACAAACAUUAAAUAAUUUACAAAAAGAAUAUGAUGAUAUAAAAAAACAAUUAAAUAAUUUACAAAAAGAAAAUGAUCAUAUGAAAAAACAAUUAAAUAAUUUACAAAAACAAAAUGAUCGUGAUACAGAAGGAAAAUGA